AUAUUCAGCAUCUAGUAGGUGAGGCUGAAGUUUAAAUAAACUCAUAAAGGAAAAUGUCAGUCAAAGGUUUACCUUCAAUCCAAUCGUUUCUCAAACAUCCCAUCAAAAUGUCUAAAAAACCAUGUUCUAAAGAAAAAGGUCGCCCAAGGGCGAGUAAGGCUAAUGUGGAGAAACCCAGGAAGGAUCCCUCAGCCAUCAGAUCGAUCUUAUGUCCACCCAUGGAGAAGCCCAUGAAGAAGGCUAAGGAGGAAGUCAAGCAUAAGGACUGUCCCAGGGCAACAAACUACAAAACUCCAGGCCAGCGUCGGCAAUAUUUAGAGCAGGAGGUGGUCCCAAUUUUAUUGGAGGGUAUGCUCGGGUUGGCCCGCGAGAUGCCCCAGGAUCCCAUCAAUUACCUGCAAAAGUUCUGGUUGCAGGACAAGCAUAAGUGCGACAUAGAUCUACCCAAGGAUCUUCUGUAAUCGUAAUGAGAGAUACAUCCAGUAUAAGCAGAUAAAAUUUCAAAUUAUUCGCUCAUUGAAUAAAAGUUUAUGGUUCGGUGUUUAGCUUA